UUCAAGUUUUCCGUACAACAAGAUGGUGCUCCUAACGCUGUCACUUCCUGUGCUUUAGACAGGCACGGGGGCGGCCAUGGGAGUGUACGUGAAUUGUUAGGGUAGCGGCUACGUUCGAGCUACUGCGGUGGCGACCGGAACGGUUGCUGACGAAGAAUGGUAAUCCUACCCUUCCUUCCACUGGUCCCUCGGUGAUGCUGGGCGAAGGAAGAAUGGCAGCGGCGGAAGCAGCAGGACGGGCUGCCGGCAGUAGUAGCGGCACUAACCACGGCGGCGGCAGAGGCCUCGUUACUGAUGCCCAGGGCCCGUCCUCGGAGCGAGAGCAACGAGUGCGCGCCUUGAGCGCCUUCUUGAGGACCCACCUCGGGCCUUACGAGCCGAUCCUGACAGCUCUACAGGCCACGCUCACCUGGGAGAAGCCAGCAAGGAGCGCCCUUGGCUGGGUUGCCGCUCAUGCAGCCUUCGGGUUUUUUGCCCUGACCUCUCUUCAUCUGAUAUUCGUAAUUGCAUUCACCCUAAUACUAAUAGUAUGUUUAGAUCAGUGGAAGAAUAGAAUCUGGCCUGAAAUAAAAGCAGUAAGACCUGAUCAACUAGAUAAUGAAAGCUGGGGCUUUGUCCAUCCUCAACUUUUGAGUGUUCCUGAACUAUGCCACUUUUUGGCCAAAGGAUGGAUCACAGGAGACAGCUUCAUGAAAAGCCUGCUGAGUUUCAAAGAACAAAAUCCUGGCAAGUUCUGCCUUUUAGCUUGUGGUGCCCUUACAUUUUUGACUGUCUUAGGAUACUACAUCCCUGGUGUCUGCCUUGCCUAUCUCAUAAUGCUUUCUUUCUUAUUGUGGCCACUUGCUGUAUACCAUAACCUGAAUCAACAUCUGUACACCAAACUACAGCCAGCUCUGCAACGGUUAGACUUCAGUGUUCGUGGCUAUAUGAUGUCCAAACAUAAGGAGAGACAGUCACGUCACCACAUUUGGAGGGAGCAUCCUGCUGGAGCCAAUGAGAGUGACAGUGAAGAAGAGCUUGCUGCUUUUUGUCCUAAGUUGGAUGAUGCUGUGGUUGCCAAAGAACUGACUAUCUCUGACUCUGAGCAUUCUGAUGCAGAAGUGUCUUAUACUGAGAAUGGGACCUUCAAUUUAUCCCGGGGCCAAACACCAUUGACAGAAGGUUCUGAGGACUUUGAUGGCCACAGUGAUCCAGAGGAAUCUUUUGCUCGGGAUCUUCCAGAUUUCCCUUCUAUCAACCCUGAGAUAACAGGCAUAGAUGAUGAGGAUGACACCAGCAUUGGCAUUCCAAGCCUUUCCUUCCGUAACCAAGCCCAGGAACAGAAUCAACAGUCUCAUAAACAGGAAGAAGUGACUUCAGAAUUCCUCUUGAGUGAGCUUCCAUUAAUGCAUAAUCUGACAGAUGACUUAGCUGGUUUUGUGACCAGGGGAAUGAUUCAGCUAGCCUUGUCAGGAACUUCCCAAUCAGUUGCUGCACAUAGCAACAGACAGCAGCGAAGUGCCAAGGCCUUCCUUCGGACCUCCAGCUCAGAGCUGGAUACAGAUGCUGAAGGAGAUGAUUUUGAACUAUUGGAUCAAUCAGAGUUGAAUCAGAUGGAUCCUUCAAAUUCCCGGGGUCAAUAACAAUUAUCUGGCAUUUGUUUUCUGGCUCCUUUAUCUAAUGGACCAGAAUUAGAAGAGCCAGGUGCAGGAAUAAGAUAUUACCAUACAGUUUUCAUAUCUAAUUUGACUUGGCAAAUUUGGGAAAUUGUAUAAAUUUUAGAACAAAAGACUACUAUAGCAGAAUCACAAGAAUUUGGCUCUUGUGACUUACACCUUUGUACUUUGUACUGAGUUCUUGAGUAAUUCAGGUGAGUAUUUUUCCCAAUUUCUCAUUUAGGAUUUAAAUUUUCAUUACUACUAGAAAUAUAUAUCCAGAGACACUAUAUGUGUUUGCAUCUGUACAUACAU